AUGGCAUCCCUACCGCGCGUUGCCGCUGCCACCAGCUCGGUAAUCCUGAGACUGGCCGCCUUCAUCUUUCUACGCUGGAUCCCUGGCCAUCUUUUCCCCCGCAUAGUCCUGACUGCACUUGCGGUGUACGUCACGUCGCUACUGUCACUUGUAUCGGCCACCGAUCGACCCAAGGCAUCUAUAUCCAAGUCUAAGAAUUCUCAGCCAUCUUCAUACGGCGGCGUGCUUAAGACGCUGUUGACGGGCCUACCAUCCGCCACCUCCCGGCGCGCGACACGAUUGACCAUACUGAUCAACUUAGCCCUCACGCUGCUCACCCUCGAUUUCCUAUUCCACGGGUUAAUCCUUUACCCCGGUGAAGAUGUGGCCCUUUCAAGAAUCGGCUACGUAUCUCCGACAACUGCCAGUCUUCUCGUUCGAGAGCCUGAUGUCGCCCAGUUGCCUCUAGUGGUACACUACCAGGAAGCGGACACCCAAUCUGCACCGUGGGUGGAGGAAGGCAUCAUCUAUUCGCUGGACGAAUCGACGGAUUUUACGGCUUCUGUGACUCUGCGAGGCUUGAAGCCAUCUUCGCAAUACCGAUACUCCCUGUCCAACAACCGCACGGGAUCGUUUGUGACCGCACCUCUCCCCGGAUCGAAAUCGGCCAACCGGCUGUCUUUCUUGACGUCCAGCUGCAUGAAGUCCAACUUCCCCUACAAUCCCUUGACUCACCCAUUGCGCAUCCCGGGGAUCGAGAAAAUGACAGAAACCAUCCGCCAGUUACCGGCUUUGCUGCGACCAUCCUUCAUGCUGUUCCUCGGCGACUUCAUCUACGUCGAUGUGCCCCAGCGCUUCGGCUCGUCGGUCUCUCACUAUCGCAGCGAAUACCGACGCGUUUACAAGUCGCCUUCGUGGUCGACCCCCGACGACGCUCCUGCCAUCGACCUCCCCUGGAUUCACACCUUGGACGACCACGAGAUUGCGAACGACUGGUCAAAGGGCAACGCCACCGCGCCAUACCCCGCCGCGGCCGACCCCUACAUCCAUUACCAUGUCAGUGUCAACCCUCCCAUCCCUCCGAACCCAUUCGCUGCUCCAGAAAACACCACGUAUUUCUCUUUCAUCCAUGGUCCAGCCUCGUUCUUCAUGCUGGACACUCGCACCUACCGUUCGGAACCCGCGAAACCCAACUCUACCAUCAUAGGCUCGGCCCAGUUGCAAUCUCUCCUGGCCUACCUUGCUCGUCCCGAACCCGCCGAAGUCCGUUGGAAGAUCAUCGCCUCCAGCGUUCCAUUCACGAAGAACUGGCACGUCGGUACCACCGACACCUGGGGCGGGUUCCUGGAUGAGCGCCGCACCGUAUUUGAAGCCAUGUGGCGCGCCGAGCGCGAGCUCGGCGUCCGUAUCGUCCUGUUGAGCGGCGACCGGCACGAAUUUGGAGCCACGCGGUUCCCCGAUCCCACGCUGGACUGGACCCCGGAUGAGCUGCAUCCCAACACGGCCGGCGAGGGCUUGCAUGAAUUCAGCGUCGGUCCGCUCAGCAUGUUCUAUCUGCCCAUCCGAACGUAUCGUCAGACCGACACCGAGGAUGUCACCGUCAAGUACCUUCCCGACGGCAACGUCAAGUACGGGUUGAUUGACAUUGAUAUCCAAGAUGAGACGGUGCAGACUCCCAGCGGCGCGCUCAUCAAAAUCCCUAGCUCCGUCCUGACUUACUCGCUUUACAUCGACGACGACGUCGUCUGGAAGUACUCUCUCAGCGUCCCUUUGCCAGGGUACGAAGGUCGAGUCGCAUACGCGGCGUCCGGGAAACACCCCCGUCUUCUUCCGGGCAAGGCCGUAGAGGAUAAAUCGGAAACUGGCUUUGGACAUAUCUUGGCCAAGACCACGAUCGGCCGCAUCGAAGAGGUUGCCGGCGAGGUUCAACAUCAGGUCAUGGGACUACUCUAUGGCUUGAUGGACAAAGCGAAGAAGACCUAA